AUGGAUUACGGGCAAAAAGCUUUCGUCAAAACAGACAAGAGGUUAGGCGAUCAGACGACCUCAAGCGCCGACGAAAGCGAAAAAAAAUUGGCCCACGAAAGCGGAAGCAUUGUCAUAGCUUUACCGUGUGAAAUAUGCGAGGAACUGUGUCCGUCGGACAAGCUAAUAGAUCAUCAACUUCAAUGCCAAAAGGAGAGAGAAAAUGCAAAACGAAGCGAGUUGAAAGAUACUUCAUUUGAAACACAAGAAUUCACGUUUAAUGGAUGCAACACCGGUGCAGUUCAUGGAGUUAGUUACAUAGAAAUUCAGCGAGGGUACAGUCCAACUGUAGAAUUUGAAGAUGAUGGUAACACUUAUAACUCUGCCGAUGAUAUUGCUACAGAUUUCUUUUUGAGCGGUCAGCGAAGCGAUUUUUCAACGCCGCAAAGAUCAGAGCCCUUCGCAAAUGGCAAUAAUAACUCCUUUUCCAGCACGAGAUAUGUUGAAAUCCAGCGGAGUUACAGCCCUAUGAUGGAGUUUCAGGAUGAAAAUUCUCCCGAACUUUUCGCACACAAUAUCCCGGAAUUUAUUCACACUCGAGAUUCGACAAGAGCCUCUGAAAAUCGUCAUCAGACAAAUAAAAAGCAUUAA